AUGGCAGCCGUGUCGGGGGGUGAGAUAUGGAAAGCCCACACGGCCAUGGCAAUGGUGCAGUUAUUCAACGGCGGCUUUCACGUCAUCACCAAAGUCGCCCUUAACGUUGGCGUCAACCAAAUCGUCUUCUGCGUUUUCCGCGAUCUCAUUGCUCUCUCCAUUCUCGCUCCCCUCGCUUUUAUCCGUGAAAAGCGUACACGGCCACCAUUAACUAAACACCUUCUGAUGUCAUUUUUCUUUCUUGGAUUAACUGGGAUAUUUGGCAACCAUCUUUUGUUUCUUGUUGGCUUAAGCUAUACUAGUCCAACGUAUGCUGCUGCGGUUCAGCCAGCCACGCCGGUCUUUACUUUUCUGUUGGCUGUAAUGAUGGGUACAGAAAGAGUGAACUUGCUAAGGUAUGAAGGUUUGGCCAAGGUUGGAGGAACUUUCACCUGUGUUCUAGGCGCUGUACUGAUGGUUUUGUAUCGUGGUCCGGCAUUGAUAGGAUAUUCAGAAACAGACUUUGUAUCACACAGUGAAAUAAGUGCCAAAGGUCAACCAGAGCCUUCUGGAUGGUUAAUUAGUGGUUUACUAGAUCUCGGAUUUGAUCAAUUUCAUCUCGGGGUUUUGUGCUUCGUAGGGAACUGCAUGUGCAUGGCUGCUUUUCUAACCAUUCAGGCUCCACUAUUGAAAAAGUAUCCUGCAAACCUAUCCCUCACGGCAUAUUCAUACUUCUUUGGAGCUGUCCUGAUGGUAAUUACAUCAUUCUUUGCAACUAACGAGUCAACUGACUGGAGAUUGACACAGUCUGAAACGAUUGCUGUUAUUUAUGCUGGAUUUAUUGCAUCUGCCCUUAAUUAUGGACUAAUUACAUGGUGCAACAAGAUCUUGGGGCCAGCCAUGGUUGCUCUUUAUAAUCCACUUCAACCAGGAGCCUCUGCUCUCCUAUCCAGAAUUUUUCUUGGAAGUCCAAUUUACAUGGGAAGCAUCGUAGGGGGGACUUUGAUCAUUAUUGGUUUGUAUGCGGUUACUUGGGCGUCUUACAGAGAAAGACACGCAGCUGCUGCGGUUAUUUCUCAUGGCUCUUGGGUCUCUGAAUCACUUCUCCAAGACAAGAAUUCUUACAGAGUUAGCAUUUUUUCAGGCCCCCCCAGCAUGUCCUCAAAGCCUUCAGAUUAA